AUGAUGAAGUCAUCCUCGUCUUCAAAAUCAGCCUCACCGGCUGAUAGCAACGAAGAUCGGAGUGCCUCGAUUGCGUCGAAUCAAAGCAAUAGCACCUCAUCGUCCACUUCGAAUACCUCGAACCACUCGGUUGCCAAUAAAAGCCCAUCAGAAUCAGCCAGAAGCAGUGUAGAGUCGAAUCCGACUGUGAUCGCAGAUCGUUGGUCUACGUCUGCCUCAUUGAGCAAACCAAACCAAACUGCCCCGGCCUCUGUUUCCAAAGAUAUGACAAACGUCCCGUUGACAAGGAACGUCAUCAUUGAACGAGUCUCUGCGAAGGUACCACUUCUUUCCGGAGGAGCGCAACGGCUUACAUCUCCGGUCAACGAACGGCGAUCGGUGGAAAAAGCCGCCGCCACUCGACUUCAAGACGUCGGAGAGCGAAGACGACUGUCGCCCGAUCUAGUAGCCCAAUCAGCACAAUCGCUGUCGUCAUCGUCGUCUUCAGCUAGUCCCAGCCCAGCGCCUGCAAAGAGUCCGAGCCCUGCUAGUAAAAGCCCUAGUCCAGAAGAUUCAACUACCACGGAAAGC